AGAUCUCGGCGCUUUGAGACGGCCUUCGCGUGGCUGUGCGUGUGGUUCGGUCGGUAUGGCGGAGAGCACGCUUCGUUUCUGCGGUGUGUUACAGGGUCACCGGGGGUGGGUGACGUCCAUCUCGUGCACCAUCGACGCACCCAACGUCGUCAUCUCCUCCUCGCGAGGUACACACACACACCGAAGAGGGCAAUUAAGGAGGGGGAAGGGAGAAGGGGGGCAGCCAGCCGGGGGGAGAUCUGAUCUGACCUGUGUGCCUUGGUUGGUAUGAUGUAUGGUGCCUGCAGAUAAGAAGGUGAUCUUGUGGAAUAUCACGCCAGACAACCCAGAGCAGUACGGCUAUGCCAAGAGAGCACUCUCAGGGUCAGCCCAGCCAACUAACCACACACGGUUGAUAUGCCACCACUGCUGGCACCACUGGUUGGUACGCGCCUCACCUGUCUGUCUGUCUGUCUGGUUGGUUCUUCCGUCCAUCAGUCACUCCCAGCCGGUGCAGGAUGUGGUUUUGUCCACGGACGGGCAGUUCGCCCUCUCGGGAUCUUGGGGUCAGUGACGCCACGCCACGCGAGGCCAUGUGUAUACUAUAGCCAGCUGACAUGGCUCUGUGUGUAUGUGUGUGUGUCCCAUGCCAUGCUGGGUUGGUGGCAGACAAGACUCUCCGUCUGUGGGAUCUGAACAAGGGCGAGUCGGUGCGGUCAUUCGUCGGCCACACAGGCGACAUCUUCUCCGUCGCAUUCUCAGUCGACAACAGACAAAUCGUCUCCGGUGAGUAAGAAGCAAGGUCAUUCAUGUCGUCUGUCUGUGCAGAUGGAUGGAUGGAAGGGUGGGUCGAUGUGUAUUUAAUGCACAUGUGUGUGUGUGUGCAGGGAGUCGCGACAAGACGAUCAAGUUGUGGAACACGUUGGCCGAGUGCAAGUACACCAUCCUCGACGACCAGCACACCGACUGGAUCAGCUGCGUCCGAUUCAGCCCAUCAGCCAAACAGCCUAUCAUCGUCUCAUGCGGAUGGGACAAACUCGUCAAGGUCAACACAACACCAACCACCUCCCUCCAACUAUCUCCCUCUCUGUGUGUGUGUGUGUGUUUAGGUGUGGAGUCUGACCAACUGCAAGCUGAAGACCAACCUGGCCGGCCACAGCGGCCCCCUGUACACGGUGACCAUCUCGCCCGACGGCUCCCUGUGCGCCAGCGGCGGCAAGGACGGCACGGCGAUGCUGUGGGACGUCAACGAGGGCAAACACCUCUACUCCCUCGAGGCGGGCGUCACCAUCAACGCACUCUGCUUCUCCCCCAAGAACUACUGGCUGUGCGCCGCUACAGACAACUCCAUCAAGGUCACUGUGGUCACACACACAGACCACAGACGGACACGACAGACAGAGAGCGACGGGUGUACGGUGUGUGGUGUGGUGACUGUGGCAGAUAUGGGAUUUGGAGAAUAAGAAUGUGUUGGAGGAGCUGCACCCGACGGAGCCGUCCAAGUCGGGCCUCCCAUGGUGCGUUUCGCUCACCUGGAGCGCCGACGGAAACACACUCUUCGCUGGGUACGUACGUCACGUCAGGUGGCACGUGUGUAUGUCACCACAGAGAGAGAACAGAGAGAGAGACAUGUCUGUCUGUAUGUAUGUCUGCCUGCCCUUGUCUUCGACCUCUCUGUGUGUGUGUGUGGAAUAUCAGGUCGACGGACACCAACAUCUACGUGUACGAGAUUGCACGUCAAACCUACUAGACAAACAAGACAAUGGCGGGCAAGACAAGGCACUACAUGUUCGUGUGCGUGUGCGUGGUUGCGUGAGCUAAAGGACGGGGGGUGGAUGUGAUUGAUGUCUGGAAGGAAGGCAAUUAGCCCUGCGGUCGGUGCAUUCGGUGGAUGCAUCGGAAGCGAGCUGUCUCCUUCGUGCGUGUGCACACACAUACUUGCCUAUUACGUUGCUCGACUCGCCUAAUUGCUGGCCUGACUGCCUGUCGCCCCCUCUGUAAUGCCGUAAGGAUGGCCGGCCGCCGGCGGCCCCGCCCCCCCUUCAAGGGGGAGGGAGCCGUGGCCGCCUUCCUUGACUGCCAGCUUUGAUAGCGCUGAACAAACACGUCACACCGUCUGUGAGUGGUGCAAUCGAUGCUAUCAGUGGUGCAUUAAGGAUCACGUGUGUGUUCGGACGCUUUGCUGGAGGAAGGGCAUGGGGAGGGAGGAUUCAUUCGCGCGUCGAUGGCUGGCAGGCAGGCAAGGCGAUGCACAUGCAGGCGAUGUGACACUCGUGGUGGUGUGUGUGUGUGUGUGAGCCGCACAGACAGCACAGCACGGCACGGCUGCUG